AUGGAUGAGAGACAGGAGUCACUGGCCAUGACGGUCCAUCUCCUUGCCAACUCUGGGCAUGGCUCGCUUGUUCAGCGAACUCUGGACCAGCUCCUGGAUAACAUUUGCCCAGAGGUCCGCCUCUUUUUGGUGUCAGAGCGGGUCAGCCCCAUGAAAUCCUAUGAGAAGUACCACCCCAAGCGCUCCCGGUUCCCAGGGAUGUCCGUUUUGCUCUUCCUGCGUGAAAGCCUCGGAGAGGAGCGGAUAUUUCGCGUUCUCAACUCCCUCCAGCAUUCGCCUUGGCAGUACUACCCCACCCAGAGUGCCCAGCGAAGACUCUGUCCUUCCCUUCUUGCCAACCAGGAGUUCUACAGUCUGGACAACCAGAUGCCCAUCUGGGGAGUGAGGCAGGUGCACUGUGGCACCGAGAUCCUGCGGGUGACGCUGUACUGCAGUUUUGACAACUAUGAGGAUGCCAUCCGACUCUAUGAGAUGAUCUUGCAGAAAGAGGCCACUCUGCAAAAGAGCAGCUUCUGUUUCUUUGUGCUGCACUCCACCGCGAGCUUUGCUCUGCAGCUCUCCCUGAAGCAGCUGCCCCUCGGGAUGUCAGUGGACCCCAAAGAAUCCUCAGUGCUGCAGUUCAAGGUUCAAGAGAUCGGCCAGCUGGUGCCUCUCCUGCCCAAUCCAUGCAUCCCCAUCAGCAGCACCAGGUGGCAAACUCAGGACUACGACGGCAACAAGAUUCUGCUGCAGGUCCAAAUGAGUCCAGGACUUGGUGUUGGGAACUGCGAGCUUUCCUCUCUGAAUGACACCUCAGGGACUGACAUGCUUCUCCAGGGCUCCAGGCUGGCCUCUGUCUCCACAAAGAGGACCCUAGAACCAAGAAGCCGGAGGACCCGAGUCAGGAGCUCCAGGGUGGGCUCUCUAGAGCUUCCAGAGCCCAAUGGGAGCCUCACAUCAGACAGCUCCAGCGGCACUACAUGGAAAAGCCCUAGCUGGUCAUCCCUGGCUGGAAACACAGCUAUGGGCACCCAACUGCCUCUGCCUUCUCCCCACUUGGAAUCUGGGGUCAAAAUGGAGGUCCUCAGCCAGAGAAAUUGCUUUCAGAAGCUUGAGGCAGAAACGAAUGUUGACACAGGGUUCACUGUGGUCAAUUCUGAACCCAGGCAAUCUCCCUUGAACCAGUUUCCAAGGGAUUUGCAGACCAGCCAGCCUCCAUCCUACUUGCCAGCCACUUCCUUAGUGGCAGCUGGCUCCAAACACAACACAGUGUUUGAGAAAAGGGCCCUUCCUUCGUUACUUGCUGGCCAGAGGGACCUCAGUGCAAGGAAGAUAAUCUCAAAAGGUCCCUGUCAUCGGCCAGUCCAUUCAGAAGAGAAAGAAGGAGAAGAAGAAUUCUUUAUAUAG